UUUUCGUGAGGGGAAAGUCACUAUGGAACUCGCGAGCUCUCAGUUCAAUACCCGUGCUAUACUGUUUUAUUCAGGAUAUCUUUGCUUAAUAGCUGUUUUAGAAAUCUGGAUUUUCGUUUAUAUUAUUAUAUAAUAUAUGAUACUGUGGAAAAAUAUAAAAAUAUGGUGUUACGUCAAGAAUGCUAAAUCGGUGCUCACGGGCACUUUAGUGACACUCUCCUCACGAGAAGUUAUCUUCUGUAUACCUAUAUAUUUUUAUUUCUGUGACACUAUAUAGAACUGCGUUCUGACAUACCUACACAGUCUUGAGCAGUACUAAAGUAGAGGUAGUGGGGGAACGUUGUUUUCGAGUUACUAGCGUGAGGGGACUAAGUUAGACACCACUACUAUGAAAUUUGAAUGAGACGAAAGUGCGUACCACAGAAUACCGCAGCAUAAAUGAAAACACUUUUGUUUGCAGCUUUCUAUUUUACUCAGAAGGUAGUAGUGGUGCAGUAACUAUUAAACGCUCGUCUGUGUUAUUGCGUUCUGCGAUCUAACCAUGCUAUUAUAGUUGCUAAGAUACUUAUUUACUAAUGGCGGCUGACCGGUGGUUAAACUUAGUUAAGAGUGCUCAGAAAACAGCAAUUGUUGAAAAUGGAAAAAGAAAAGUUCAUUUCUUAUUAGAUGAUGGUAGGGAAUUAGUGGAAGAAUAUCAUUUAGAAACCAAUGUGUUAGUGCGAAGAGCAUGGAAAGAAACAAGUAAUUUUGGUCAGAAGAUAGGUUGGAAUAUAGAAGUUGGAGACCCUGAACCUAGACAAAACAAUAUAGAAGUUUAUGGUAUUCAAGAAAGUUCAAAUAAUCCAAUUAUUUCUAGACGAAUAACAAAGACUUCAUUAGAAUGGCGUAUAAGAAAUUUACCAUAUCCACAAAAUGUAUAUUCAGUAAACGCAGAGGAUGAUGGAACAAUAACAGUUCGUACCACUAAUAAGAAAUAUUUUAAGAAGAUAAUAGUUCCAGAUUUAGAACGUAUUGGAUUAAAGCCAGAACAGGACAGAAUAUCUUAUACACAUCAGUAUAAUACAUUAAUUAUUACGUAUAAAAAACCACCUGCCCUUUUGGAUAUAGAAAAGCAAGUAUUGAACGAGGUCUUACAAGUGAAAACAAGUAAGAAUGGCGUACAGUGUCCAACAAGCUAAUAAAAACUUUUUAUUUUCAAUAUUCUUUUGUUUUUUGCUUUGACCAAAGUCACAUUUAUAAAUAUGUUCAUUUUCACACAAGGAGACAGUAAAGAAACUAUCUUU